GCAGCAUCUUCUUCCCCAAAAGAACAGGAAUUGGCACCUUCCCCUUUUUCUCUGCCGCUUCUUAUUCUUCUUCUAAUUUCUAGAACCUCACCUUCUUCAAUAACAAUGUUGAAGAAGAACAGCACCAGAUGCACCCUCUUCACCAUUUUAAGACACACUACACCUUCUGUUCCUAAACACCACUCACCUUUAACCUUUUCUUCUCAUUCUAAUAACCAUUUUCUUCAUACAUCAUCGCCACCUCCACCUUUUUCACCAAAAGGCCGUUCUUUUCACAACCCAACUUGGUUCUAUUCUUUUGGGUAUCUCACUUUUGAUGGGAAAAGGUUGUGCUCAAAAUCUGCGGAGAGUGUGAAAGCAAGAAGUAGUAGGUGCUGGAACUGCCAUGAAUCAACAGCAGCAGCACCGUUCUUGGUUUGUGAUUCCUGCAGGUGCAUUCAACCCGUGGAUGAUUCUAUUGACUAUUUCGAGAUUUUUGGAUUGGAGAAGAAGUAUGAUAUAGAGGGUGUGAAUUUGGAGGGCAAAUAUAAAGACUGGCAAAAGAAAUUGCAUCCUGAUUUAGUACAUUCAAAAUCUCAGAAAGAACGAGAUUUUUCUGCUGAGCAAUCUGCAAGGGUGAUUGAUGCAUACCGUACGCUUAGCAAGCCUUUAUCUAGAGCGAUUUACAUGAUGAAGCUUGACGGAUUAGAAGUUGAUGAGGAACAAACAAUUUCCGAUCCAGAAUUACUAGCUGAGAUUAUGGAAAUCAGAGAAGCGGUUGAAGAAGCAACUGAGUCAGAGUCUUUGAAGAAAAUUCUCUCUCGGAUGGAGGAGAACCUGAAAAGUUGGUCGAACACCUUUGCUACCGCAUUUCAAAGUCGGAACUUCGAGGAAGCAAAAGAUUCUAUUCGUAGAAUGACUUAUUAUAGUCGUGUAAUUGAUGAAGUUGUAAAGAAACUUUAGGGAAGGAUAUUGUUGCCGUGGUAGCCACCUUCUGCUGUUUGUUCUUCCAUCCUUUCACAAUAAAAUGGGUAGCCAUAUCUAUGAAGUGUAGGCUUCAAACAUGAUGCUAUUCUUUUUUGGGGAGCAGAAUCAUAAUCAUUUGUGUGUGAAGAAUUUUAAUAAGUCAUACUCUCUUCCCAAUGUGGUCUAUUAGUAAAUGACCAAUUGAGUUAAUCAAAUGUCCCAAAGGAUGUCAUGCCCUUAUGAAAAUGAUAGAAGAUUACAUUUUUGUUACAAGAUCAUGAGACACAUACUAUGCAGAAGCACCCUUUUCACAGAUCAAUGCUAAUCAGGAACCAACACUUUGUAUUUC